CCCAAAGCUGCGAAAUCUAGAGUUCGAAAGACGAGUCGUAGAAAGAAAACUCGAGCUACUAGCUAUGGCGUCGACUACAUCACCACCACCGUCAUAUCCAAGUGCUGCGAGAAUCUCCGACUCUCCUUGCUUUCCUCAAUAUACUGCUUCUCUUAAAUGUCUCGAAGAGUUUAGCACUGACAAAAGCAAAUGUCAAGAACAUUUUGAUGUUUACAAGGAAUGCAAGAAAAAAGAGAGGGAAGCUCGACUUGAACGAAACAAGACUCGGUCUUUGUUCUCAUGAACUUCCUUUUGCUACUCACAUUCCAUUAUAACCCAGACUGGAGAUGAGAUCACCGUGGAUGGAGAAUUUAUACCAACAAAAAUAAUAAACUGCCUUGAAGUGUAGAACAUGAAAGAGCCUUCCUCUGCAGUUUUUUGUCCUUUUUAUUAUCUAUUAUCACAUGUCAUGUUCUAUUGAACAUAUCAGGCAUUGUUAGAUACUUCAUCCCAUGCCAAGCAACUUGUAGUAAAUUAAAGAGAAUGUAAAUCCGUGCACAACCCUAAUAAAAAUAAAAUAAGAAAACAGAGAUUUAUAUUUCUCCUCUGUAUUGCUGGAA